GAAAAAAUUAAAUAUGUAAAAAAUUUUAAAAAAAGAUAAUUAUGCGACAUCUUUAAAAUUUUGUAUGAAUGUAUAAUAUACAUUAAAAACGAGUAGUAAGCAAAGAAAUAUAAUUAAAAUUUUAUUAUCUAUAACGUUAUAUUACAUAUACUUUGAAAAAUUCUUACAUUAGCGGGUCGAUCAUGUCGGGUUUGGGUUUGGUUGGGUUUGACCCAUUUUUAACGGAUCAUCGAUUUGACUUCGAUUGUGAGAUUUCAAUAGUCAAGGAAGGUGAUGCAGGAAGUGUAGGUAUUGGAAAUGCUCUGAUUGAGUCACAAACAUUACAUGUGAUGCUGGAAGUAGAUUUAUUGAAUACACUGAAAAUUUGUCAAGUGUUUUGCUCGAAGAACAGGUAAACUACAAGGAAAACAUAGACUGUCUUUUUUGUCAACAAUAUAAGCAAGGGGACUAGCUUCAGUGUUGCAUAUGGAGGUUAUGGAGGUCUCUUUCUGAGACACCCUCUUUGACUAGUGAGGUGUGCGAACAGAAUAAUAGUUAUGUAAUGCACUUCCUGCAAAAUGUUUGAAAAUCCCACCACUUUUAGCUGUUUUAAUUGCCCAAGACAUUCCUUCUGACCAAUAAGGUAGAUGGUACCAAAAGAAUGGUAGGAAUCUAAUUCUCUUCAUGCAAAACAUGUGAAAGUCUCACCACAUCUAGCUACUGUAAUUGUCUAGAUGCCAAAGCUUCUCUAAAUGGCUUUUGUUAAGCAAAUUCUCGGAUCCAAGAAUUUUUUCUGAUUCCCAGUUUGAUAAUUGAUGUUUCAACCUUUAUGGCGAUGGAUCGGUUGUUGGAGCAUCUAUUUUAGGCAAUUAAUUGUGUUCACGUCUUAACUGGAUGAUAUAGCUCAGAUAGUGGAUUGGAGUUCACCCUUUGUUUUUAGUUCUCUGGUUCAUCACAUCUAAGCUCGGUUCGUUGUUUUGGGUGGGAAUUGUUUAUUUAUCUUGGUCUAUUGUUGAAAAUCUCUACCCUGUUGUUGAUCUGAUGUAGGUCGGGUGAUUCACUCUCACCUGCAAUAAUUUGGUACGAGUUCCUUGGUUAUCUACAGUGAAGCAUGGGCAUUCAUCGUUCUAACAGUAUAGAUAUUCUAAAUUAUAUCUUAAAAUCUAAAGAGCACUAUUUAAUUAGAUAGUUUAAGAUAACUGCCACUACUAUUUUUUAUAUUUAAUAUUUGAUCAGUUGCUAAUUUUCAUAUCAAACCUCAGCUCUAGGUGGGGUCGGCUACAUGGAUCAAACAACGUCAUUGCGCCCUAUCGUCUAUCAUAUCUAUUGUGGGAUUGCUCACGCGAAGGUCUCCCUUGACCAAUGCUUGCCAAUGGAGGUUAUGGGCUUUCUUUCCAAGACAUCCCAUCUGAUCAACAAGGUAGAAGGUAAUCAUGAGUUAGUUUUCUCACUCCGUACAAAAAGAAAAGUAGUAAUCUAAUGCUCUUCAUGCCAAACAUUUGAAAAUCUCACCGCAUCUAGAUCAGCUCCAAGAUUUUUUCUCUGGUAAGAUUGUGAGGGUUUGUUGUUUUGGAACUUGUAGCUCUCAAUUAGUAGAUGUAGGCUCAAAAACGUGAUUUGAUGUCAAGUACAAGGUUCUUGGCAAGUACGAAGUCUUGGUACAUCUGGACUUUAUAUUGUUACUGAUGAAUAUUGAUUAGGUUGAUUGAUUUUUCUGCCUUCGUUUAUUGGUGCAGGUGAGUCCUUAGUGCACUUUUUCAUUUAAACAUAUUUAAUAUCCAGUUGAUAAUUGUCCAGUUCUAAAAACCGGUUCCUACUAAUUUGUUGUGACAAAUUAAGCUGAAGAAUUAUUUUCUUUCAUUAUUUACUGCGUGCGUUCACAUCAUUCACUUGUUCAAUGAUUCCAUUGGUCAUAAUGGAGGGAGUAUGAUAUAAUGGGUAGUUUCAUCCUUACAUCGGAGACAGCCAUAUCAAAUAGGUUAGUUUCAUCUUGUUUGACUCAUAAUCAAUAAACCCCAUAACGAUUAGUAUAGGGCAUAUUUUCUCGACGAGAUUCUUGGAUCCAUAUGUGAUCAUUUGUUUGAUUUUGCGUGCAAUAUUUUGGAUUUAUCUGGAUGUGCAAGUUGGUCCGACAUGAUGUCAUUCAUUUCAACAAUUUUGUGAAGUUGGGUGGUAGAAUGAGAUGGCUUGAUCUGAUUUCAAGGUCUCCAUUACCAAUAUAUCAGGAAGUUCUGU